CAAACAAAUUCCAACCCGGCCAGUACCAAACCCUCUCCUCUCGGUCUGCCUCGAAUCAUCCAUGGACAUGGAUCUUCGCCGCCAUCACCACGCUGGAGAAUUCGGUCGGUAAUUAACCUCAUGCUCCUCCUCUUAUCUUCUCCGCCUCAUCCAUGUAUCAGCUAGCAAGCAACCGAGUCAUAGCAAUCGCAAACUUGAAUGAAUGAAUGAAUCAACCAAUCGAUCGAUCAUUCGCAGUGGCGGACGUGGUGCUGUGGCGGCGAGGCCGGGCGAACCUGAGUGCGCUGCUGCUGGCGGCCGCCGUCGCCUCCUGGAUCCUCUUCAACCGCGCCUCCGGAUACACGGCCGUCUCGCUGGCCGCCGACGUGCUGCUCCUCCUGCUGGCGGUGCUCUGCGCGUGGUCCAGGGCCGCGCGCCUCCUCGGCCGCCCCGCCCAUCCCCGAGACCCCGACCUGCAGCCGGCGGCCGACGAGCUCGCCGCGAUGGUCCGCUCCGGCCUUGCCGGCCUCACCUCCGCCUCCCGCCGCGUCACGCAGGGCCAGCCCGGCUCCGGGCGCGUCUUCGCCUGCCUCGCCGCCGCCGCCCUGCUCGGCCGCCUCGCGCGCGACCUCCCCACCCUUUUCAUAGCAGGAACUGGAAUCUGUGCGCUCGGGCGGGUUGCUCUAUCCUCUCGUAACAAGUGGGGUUAGGGUGGGUUCCAAUGGGCUAAUAGGGUUAGCCCACUUAAUAUUCUGCCGGUCCAGUGGAAAUCCACUAAUGCAAUUUAAGUGGGAUGGGAUUCUUAGUCCCACUUAUUCCCACCCCCACCUGCAGCGUGAUGUGGAUGUUAUCAAAAUAUCAAGGAAGGAAAGCUUCUGUAGAUAGCAUCAUCCGCCAGAUUAGCUGGUUAUACAGUCUCAACUGGUGGCCGAAUUACUGAGGGACUAGAUAUACUUGCUGAUGUGGGAACACACAAAUAUCAGUUAAAUCAUAAAAGCAAUGUGAGUGUAAUGGGCAUACCUUUUUUGUUGCGGGUGGUAAUGGGCAAUUGGGCAUACUUCUCUCAGGUGGUGCCGUAGAAGUGAGAGACUAUCUCUUGAUCUGAGGCUACACUAGACGCAUGGUGAGAUAGUAGCUAAGCCAGUAAGUGAAAUGUACCACUGGAGGGAGUAUUGCUUCACUUUUGUUGCUUCGA